AUGAGGGUGGUUUCUGCGGAAGGGCUCGAUGUCGAGUCGGUUCUAGACUUUUUUGAAGAUGUGGUGGUUGUUCCCACAGAGACAGUCUAUGGGCUAGCUGCAAAUAUUUGGAACCUCCGUGCUGUGGAAAGGAUAUUUGCACUCAAGGGAAGGCCUGCAAAUAACCCACUAAUUGCAGGAAUUUCUUCAGUUCAAAUGCUUGAAGAAAUCGUUGAGGGCCCGAUUCCUUUGCAAUAUAAAAAGUUAAUAGAGAACUUCUGGCCUGGGCCUCUAACUCUUCUCUUCAAGUCGAAAGACAAUGUGAGCCCUAUAGUCAGAGGAGGACUUAAUACUAUUGCCGUUAGAAUGCCCGGAAGUAAGCUUCUAUUAAAGAUAAUAGAGAGGCUUGGAGCACCUCUUGUAAUCCCCUCAGCCAACAUAAGCGGAAGGCCAAGCCCUACAACGAUUGAGCAUGUGAUUGAGGACUUUGGCGACGAAGUAAAGCUAAUGAUAGAUGGAGGUCCGUCUUCGAUUGGAGUAGAGUCUACAAUUGUGCAGUAUGUGGAUGGAAGGCUCCAGGUUCUUAGGCCAGGGGGAAUAACUGUGGAAAGAAUAAAAGAUGUUGUUGAUUGCGAAGUGAUAGUAAAGAAGAAUGAAUGGGGAGGAAAGGAGAAAAGACAUAAGCAUUAUUCGCCAAAAUCACCGUUAGUUUUAUUCAAAGGAAGACAAGAAGAUAUUAAAGAUGGAAUUCUCAAAUAUAUUUCUGAGAGCUCCAAUAUUGCUAGAGUAGGUGUUGCUUUACAUUCAGGAAUGGAUCUUAAGAUCUUUUCGGAUGUGAAGGUUGACAUCUUCGACAUGGGAGAUGAUAAGAAAAAUAUAUGCAAGAACUUUUUCCGAGGAAUUCGAAAGCUCGACAAGGUCAACGAUAUAAUCUUAGUUGCUGGAAUGGAUUGCGACGAACAAGGCCAUGCAAUCAUGGAUAGGUUAGAGAAGGCGGCAGACCGUGUCAUCGAACUAUAA